CUUCCUUGAUUCAUGGUUGAUCAGUUACAGAUGGGGCAUUAAACUGGAAGCACAUGCUCUUUGUGCGUAUUGAAGAUAAACAAGAUACAUCAUCAGGACGGUGGGAUCAAAACGCUAUAAUAAGGAAGUAUAGUGUCCAGGCUGGUCUUCAAUUCUAGAAAGGAAGUCAGUGAUGUCUAGUGCCUAAAAAAUUUAUCGAACUUUCUCCUAGAAUCCUGCACCAUGCCUUAUAUGGACAAGCGCGGGCGCUUGUGUGGAUUCCUCAAUGUGGAGGAAAAAGAGAAUAGUGGGCGUUUUAGCCGAAGAUAUUUUAUACUUAAUACCAAAGAAGGAAAGUUUCAGUACUUCAUGGACAAUCCAUUGAAUCUUCCCCACAACAACAGAACACCAGUAGAUGAAAUUUCUUUACAGUUCAUCUCAAAGGUUAGUGAUGCACGAAAACAAAGACCCAAAGUAGACAGCUGUUUUGUGGUGAAUUUUGCGGGGAAGAUGAUGUUUCUUCAGGCAGAUGACAGCAGUGAUAUGAGGAAAUGGAUAGAGGCUCUAAACGAUGCCAGCAGAAUUACGGUUCCUACAUCAAUGGAUAGUUCUGCAGAGAGGGUUAAUGAAUGGCACCAGGAUGGUGUGUCCGACCGGGGCUUCAAAACUGAGAUCGCAGGAGGUGUGGUGUGUAAAAUCCCAAUACAGACCAGUGAUGAUGAUAUGUCGGAGUCCAGUGAAGGGGAAUUUGACACUCAUGGUGAACCUGCAUACCGAUUACCUGCCAUCAAAACAGGCUUUGGAGUCAAACAAGGUGGAAUGAGAAAAAACUGGAAGAGAAGAUAUUUUGUAUUAACAGAACAAAACAUUUUAUAUUUCAGUUCUAAGAAGGCUAAAGAACCACUAGGCCUUAUACCAAGAAACGAUGUCCAGGAAGUGAAAGUAUCUACCAAACAUCCGAAUCGAGAUAAUUUGUAUGAAAUAGUAACACUUAAACGAACCUUUUAUAUACAGUGUGAUAAUCCUGAAGAGAUGGUGAGUUGGAUUGAUGCUAUACAGAAGACAUAUGCUCUAGAACCAGAAAACUCGGUCCAGACGUCAGGAGACCAACCAAUGAAUCCAGCAUCAGAAGCGUUUGACAUGGAGAAUUUUCCCGUUACCAAAGUUUAUCCCCAUGGAGAAUGGUGUGCAUCUGACGACGCAGCAAAAACAGACAAAGACACCACAAGACAGAAGAAGAAAAGUUGGCUACUCUGGUAGAAGUGAGAUAAAAAACAGAAUAUAUUUAGUGACAUUAUAAGAUAAAAACAGGAAAGUAUUAAGUUUUGGAUUGAAAGGAAUUCAUUGCAUAAGUAUAACUUAAUUUAUGAUAUUGUCCGACAUCAUUUUGUUGCAUCCACAAUUCGACCAUAAUAAGCCCACUCUUUGUUUAUGUGAUGCCAAAGGCUGUGCCAAAGGUCGUUUCACAGUAAACCAUAUUGGAGUAUGUCAGUAUGGUGUGAAAUAAAAAUAUUUGAUAAUUUUGUUAAGGUAUCAAGGCACCACAGCAUCAAAAGAGUUCCAACUUUUUUAAUAUUUCAGACCAAAAGCAUUCUCCAUUAAGUAAGAGUUUUUUUGGUCUAAGAGUUAGGUCCCUUCUCAAAAUACUCAAAAUUCCUUGAUAUCAGCAAGCAUAUUAUUUCAGUGUAAUGGUUCUGAGAUCAACUCAUUCUGUAACUAAUUUUCACUCUUUGAUUUUCAAAUCUUUCAUAUUACAUCAUGUCUUGUGAUUGAUGCUGACAUUUUUAUCACAAUAUAUCCACAGUAACCCUUUUAUUAACCUAAAGGAUUUAAAAUUAGGUUUAAAUUAAAACCAAUAAUUAAAAAAAAAUUUUGACAUCUUGAUAACGACUUCAACACUUUAUUAAAGUUAAGGUAUCCAGAUAAUUUUUUUUAAAAUAUGGUAAUUUCUUUCAUUAGCCCGGAAAUCCCAGUUCUAUUUUGGAAUCAAAAUGGUUACCGAUAAGAUAUUGUGUCAUUUUUUUUCUCAGUGAUUAAAUGGUUGUAGGUUGACAGUAGACUUUUAGGCCAGUGUAUGUGUCAAAAGUUCUUUGCACAGAAUGAAAUACUCAAGUUGUUGUUGUUUUCAAAAUAUAUGGCUCAUAUUCUGAAUUACCAGGUAUUUUAGUAAACAAAUUGUCUUUAGCACAGAGAGCCUGUAGGUUUAUGUUGUUGUUUGAUGUCUGUUGUCUACCAGGCAUAAAGAAUAUUAUUUGAAUAACUUCUUCUUGAGAACUAUGAAGCCAUGGGUCAUGAUUUUGUGCAUAUAGAAUACAGUAGGAAAGGGAUUGCAAGUUUGUUUAAAUGAGGACCUUGACAUAUAAUAAAAGCAACAAGGGUCAAAUAUGUUAAAUGCUUGAAUAAUGUUUUCUCCAAGAAAUGACCCAUACUUUGCAGAGUAACAAUGUUUUGGCUGUGAAUUGCUGAAUUGAAGGCUCUAAACUGUACUCAAAUUAAGUGAUUGCUGCAUUCAUUAGGUUAAAUGUGUCACAAUGUUUUGUAAUGUCUUCCAAAGUCCCACGAAGCCAAUAGUCUCAUAUUGGCCAGUCACUUGGUGAGCUAUCAAGUCACAUAUAUUUAGUUGUCAAAUAUAAUGAAAUCCUCAUAUAGCCCUAAAUAAAAUUUUAGGCCUCGUUGAAUUUUCUAGCCUUGUAGUAUGCAAGGAUUUAGAACCAUUUAAAUUCAUAUUAGUUCAAAUUAGAGAUAAAAAAUCUAUCACAGUAAUCGAUAGGUGAAGCAAAGAUGGACAGGGGCAAAUAGCGCUGACAAUCCUCACAUCAUGGUCAAUAUUUAUGUAUAUUUACAUUUGCAUGUCUCAUCCCAUUACAAUAUAACGAGGCACCAAGUGUAAUUAUGAGACUAUAAUUGCAGCUGGUCCUGCUGUAUUGUGAUGUCACAACUCUCUUGCCAACCAUUUUGUGUUUUGACUGUUCUCAUGACUGGAUUUACUCUAUGUUGCACAAUAUAACUGGAUACACGAUCAAUAUUGCCCAAAAUGUUGUUGGUAUAAAAGCUAAUGUUAUUAUAGUUUAUAUAUUUGCAAGAUGCCCUUCUUCCAAACCUUCUAUCAUCACUUGUAAUUAUAUAAGCUAUACUGUAAUAUCAAAUAUUUUUGUGGGACUAAGUUUUCAUGGGUUUUUCAAAAUAAUACUAUUUGAUGACACAUGAUAUCAUGGAUAUAAAUCUACUUCUCCUUAUUUCAAAAAUUCAUGGACAUAUGAAUUCAUGGAUUAAGAGUACCCAAGAAAUCAAUGAGAAUAAAACCCGGCAGAAAUUAAGGAUUUCACAGUAAUUGCACUCAGGAGAUACUAUUGUUUUACUCUAUAUAUAUAAUUACAGAAGUCCUGUGUAUUUCUUUUUUAUCAUUAUACCACUUUGAUUUAAUAGGUGAGUGAUACAGACUCUUUGGGCCUCUUUCUCAAUAUGUGAUUGAGUAAAGAUAUAAAUAUUUUCCUUGGAUUUUAAGUUAUAGAUGCUAUAAUUUUUACAUUUUUUAUGUUCAGCAUUAUUUGACAAUAUCAUUGGCUGGUUGUCUGUGUUGACUGACGUUGAUUCACUGUUUUAGGAGAGGGCGAACACUGUACAUGUAUUAUUCAUACUUUUAUGUCAACCAAGUCUUCCAGAAUAUCACUUUUUUCUUUCAUCUUUUUUUAUGUCAGAAAUAUUUUAAGCAAUAAUCAAGUUUUAUGAAAACCAUUUGUUAUUGUCUCUAUACAACUGACAUAUAUGGAUUUCAAACUGAGGUAGAUGUAAAAGUCUUCUGAAGUUCCAUGGGCAUUCCUUGUCUAAUUGGUGCUGGAAGAGAGAAUAGCUGCUGAUGUCAUCAAUGAAGUAGUAGCUAAACAAUCUAGAACAGUGGGUCUUAUUAUCCUUAUACUUGGUCAGGAUUCUCCAUGUGAAUCUUUCAUUUGUUCCUAAUUUGCCAUUGUUUCUUUUUUUUUAAUUUGAAUUAUGAUUUCGUGAAAAUGUCAAUGUUUUCUUAGAUUUUAAGAAUCAAAAUAAAGGUUUUUUUUAAAGCAAG